AUGGGUCAAGCCCUCAUCACACCUACCGGCAGCUUCUUCGUGGGACACAAGCUACGUCCUUCGGGUGGCGAACGAACAAUAUGGUCAGAUGGCGUUACCUCGGACUUGCAGGUCAUAGCAACACCGUAUGGCCGUUGGGGAAUAUUGGAGUGCUGGGAGCACUUCCAUCCAGCAAUGACAUUCAAUGUCCAAGCGCAAGCUGAGGCACUACAUCUUGCCUCGUGGCCAUACACACCGGAUGCAGCGGAUCCUCAAGCAGAGCCCUUCGAAUCUCUCGAGAUAAACCUGGCGGCUGCAAGAGUAUAUGCUGUUAAUAGCAAUGCGCCACUCGUUUUUGCCUCAGUCGGUAACGCAAGGUUCCUUGAUGCACAGGGGCUUGACCUCUCGGUCAUCAAAGCAAAGUCGACGGAGGAACAGUCACUGCUGUAUCACUUUUUCAACACCUCUGGGCUUGCUGAGACAGUACCUUACUCCACAGAAGGCGAGCAGAGCUGGGGUAUCCUGCAGCAAAUCUAUGACAGCUUUCCAAACUACAUCCCGAAAGUGGUCGGCACUUUCGUGCAGAGACGGGUCAAUCCUACCUCGGAUCUGUAG